AUAAACGCUAUAAUAAAGCCCGAGUGUUUCCGAGAAAUAACAACAGAGCGUCUUUGACAACGUGCCCAUGGAAUGACCUAGGCACUAUUAAAGGGUGGCCGACUUCAAUUUCGAGGCAAAGAUGUGAACAGAAAGUCCCACAGUACUAAGAUCUACCAUGCCUUAAACGUAAAGAUAUCAGGGAGAACAUUUGUGUUUAAUGUAACAAUGGCGUCGGAUGCCAUAAAGAACAUAGGAUUAUCAUCCCCAGGUGUGGAGAGAGAGAAACUAAACAAACUACUUAAGAUUUUUGAGGAUAAAGGAUUUAACUUCGAAGACUCUAAACCCCCGCAAGAUCUGAAGUGUAGGCGCGUUCGUUUCAACAGCUCAGCAGACGACAGUGAAAAGUCAACAAAACUUACACAAAGAGUGAACACUUUUUACGUUGAUUCAUGGCCAGAAGUCCAGCUCAACAAAGAUGGAACUUUGGUUCGUCCUAGAUCAGGAAGAACUCUAGGAGGGACACCUAUUACAAUUCACACAGCCACGUUGGUUAGAGAAAUCGUUCACGGUUCCUCGGUCCACUCCUUCUGUCGAGAAUGGAAAAAGUCCUCGUUCAUAUUUCAGGACCAUUCCAGUCCCUACCCAUGGGGAUUACAAACCCAGAGGUGUGGAUCACGUGGUUUAAUAUUGGCGGUCCAGGCUUACGUCAUCAAACAGCUACUCUUUGACAGAGAAUACGUCUCUAACAUUCUUGCACAGAGUGCCUUGAGGCCGACUGAGUUUGAGCGAAAGCGAUCUCUCAUUAGUGCCCUGUGUGAAAUCUUGUGGAAAGUAGGCGAGGGUAAGCGGUGCUGUGUCUGUCUGCUCCAAGACAAGAGAAGUUACCAACAGGACUACAGAGUUAGGGACGACAACGUUACUGAGCACAUUGUCUUGUUUGAGUUCAAAAAAUUCACAGAUGUCACCACGUUCAUAAGAAGGAACAUUGAAGAGUUUACGUCGGAAAAAAGCCCCGGAUGUAUUCUGUUUUUGUACAGUUUGGUUUUAUCAGCAUCCAUCUGCAAGUUGAAAGAGGAGAUGUUGAUCACAAAUGAAACAAAUUACAAACUUCUGAGUGACCGAGAAGAAUGUACGCAGGCGCUUAUCAGCUUGAUAAUCACUGGGCAUGCGUGUCACUAUCUCCACAACGGGAACCUAGUGUAUAGUCAAAGUGGCAAUCUUCUGGACGACGUAGAUCCGGAAGAGUCUGCAACUCCGCUGAAGGGGAUCCAAGAGAGAAGCGAGAUCGGCUUCCUGUUCUGGGACAAGGGAGAGAAUGAUGACAAUAGGACUGACGUUGGAAGUAUGCUGAAGACGCCCAAGAAACCAAUAUGGCUGACGUCCGUAAAUGGACAACCUGGCCUGCUGUUCAGUACAAACCUGGACCUUGUCAGCGAUUGGAGAGUGGAGACCAGAUUUAUACUUCAUUACUUCACAGGGCUUCCCGGAAUCCCUGCCUGUCCACUGCAUAUAGAAACAAGAUUUGGUAGGAAUGCGCUGGGCAGAACAAAACUCCACAGACGACAACAGGAGGAGUCGAUACCACAACUAGAGAGAUGCAUCAUGACCAAGUGGUACGGCGCAGCGAUAGAUUGGCCGGAUAUAUUGCCAUUCUACUAGCAAACCAUUGAAUUAUCAUCUAUGCAACUAUUCACUACAAAAGUAUUACCUGGAAAUAAAUAGCAGAAGAGAUUCACUUAAAAACUUCACAAUCAAAUGUAUAUACUUUGUGUGCUAUGUAGUAUACAAGACAAUCAUCUUCUACUGCUUUGUUUGUGGAGUACUUCAUGCAGUUCUGCAAUGCACUAUUUCUUUAGGACGUUGACACGUUAUAAUCAGAGUGGUGCAAUUCUACAAUAUUCAACUGAACUUCAUUAGUUUAUCCAUACACAACUUAUUCUAUAUACCUUGAAUGGAGUUGUAUUUGUGCAUCAGAUCUGACAUUGUUCACAAGCUGUUGCAUACAAUAUCUUAAAUAGAAGUAUAUUUAGAGGAUAUACAAUUGACAAUUGUCUCUUUCUCUUCGAGUUUACAUUUUCAUGAGAAUCUAGUCAUACACUGUCACAAUUAAUCCGAAGCGUUUUAUUCAUAUCUGCUUCGUUAAUAAGCAUUUAUUUGUGUGGUUUUAAGUUAAACUAUUGUCUUCUGUAUUACGGACACUUACGGGUGAUUCUGUUGAUGAAGUCUUUGUUAAUGCAAACCUCUCUCUGUAAAGUGCAUUUAGUGAAUUUUGAUGAACAUAUUUAAGCAUCACGUGAUACAAUCAAAUUGAAGACAGACCUUGUGUACCAUUUCGCUAAGACGUUCGUCAUCAUCAUAUCAUCCAUACACGUCAUCGUUCAACUAAAGACGAUUUUUGAUCGAUACUAUAGCUUUUAUGUAAAAGUCACUUUUUAUCUAUGCGUGUACACAAUAUAUUUUAUAUCGUUAGGAAGUUUCAAAGAUUUUUACUUCAAAUUUUGGAACAAUCAAAGUUUUAUGACUCGGGGUAAUAGAUCCGAGAAUAAGCAGAUCCUCCGAUGAGGAGUCUAUUCCUUUUCUACACCAUUUGGUAGCCCCAAGAGAAGGUUUACUAUUGACAUUGUCCGAUUUAUCUUAUUUACACAUGUUCAUUUUGUAACUUCAAGAAGUGUUUACCAAAUAGAUACAAAUACAUGUAUUAGAUUAAAAAUUGUCCUUUCAUAAAAAUUACAGAUUUGCAAAUUGCAUUCCUUUUAAAGGACACAUCUCAUGUUUUCAAAGUAUACAAGAUUACAUGCAUGUUGUCUUCUUUAUGCUUAUAGUAAUUAAUUCUAAUAGUUCGUUCGCCGAAAUUUUGCGAUAUUUAACCACAAUACAGACUUAAAUCUAAGUCCCGAUUUCAAAAAGUCAAGUUAAUUAGGUAGGUAGUCACGUGGUACAGUGACGUCACAUGCGCCCUUCGGAUUGUGAAAGUACUGCGAGAUAUUAUUAAAAACUCAACUUUUAGGGGCCUAAUUAAUUUACCAUGGGCAACAUUUAAAUCGAUGUUGAUAAAUUGUCCGAGUUUUAUAUGUGUUCGCCACCAGUGCACACAUAUAACGAUGUAAAUACCCAAAUAUAGCGAGUAAAGCGUGUAUGAAAUCGGCAAAAUUGUGAGUAAAUAAUGUUUAUAUGGGCCGCUGUCUACAAACUGUUUGGGGAUGUUAUUCCUUUAUACAUCUGUAAUUGGCGCUGUUUUUCUAAAAUAAACAGUGCAAUCAUUAUUUAUUUUUGGAUUAGACAAAUUAUGAUACGUUAAAUUGUUGACAACUAGGCCCUAUGCCAAGUACUUAAUUUUAGAACUUGCCGCCCAUACUACAUGUAUAUCAAUAUCUCAGUUUGUUCAUGCUAGUAAAUUGAAAUUCCAUGUGUUUGUAUUGCUGGUGAAUUUGUUUGACAUUUUUAUUGUUACUUAUUAAAGGGUAUCAAGUGUG